CACACAAGGAAAAAAAUCCAGCAGAUUUAUUGUGUCGUCUCCACGCACCUCAUCUAGUCGGGAUCUCCAACUCAGAAAUCAAGCUGACGGUUGUAAGUGAGUACCUUUUAUUUUAGGAGGUUCCUCGUAGUUGCAUCCUGUAAAAAUUCUACGCGCCAUUUUUCAAACCACCUUCGGAAUAAAGUAUAAACGAAAGCGAGGUUGUAUUAAGUGCGACGAGUUUAGUAGACGGACAGCACCAAAUCCAAAAACCAAAAAUCUACGUCAUGAAGACUCCUUGCCCUCCUGUCCGUGGCCGUUUUCCCACCGCGGGGGCGUUUUUUGCCGCUGUCUCGCUACAAGAUCAGGUGGUGAAGUUUUCCAGCGGACUGCGGCUCGUGCAAGAAGUUGCACGUCGGGUGGCGCACGAAGAGCAUGCGGGGAAGGUUCUUUCCGGAGUAGCAUUGGCGGAUGUUGUGGAUGCAGCUGGCGCGAAAGCAGCAGCGGAAGAUGUGGAAGACGCUACCUCGGCAGGAGACGCUUGUGUAGGCAUCACCACAUUUGCAGGCACGCUAGACGACGAAUUAUGUUGCUCCGGCCAGACCUGGGACGUUUCCAAUGGCGACGACUGCGAGAAACUCAGUCAAGCGUUUACGAUUUUGAAACUGAACGUGAAAGGCAUGCCAGGGAAUCCCCCGCAGACUUGCAGCCCAUUACGUUUGACCACUGAGACGUCGACGGCGGACGUCUGGUGUGAGGGCGUUGCCAGUGCGGAUUCGGACGCGGACUCGUCCGAUACUGCCACUCCCGGGGAGUUAGAUGUCAGCGGCAUUUUAGCCGUGGCGGCAAACACCACCGAAGUGGCCGACGCUUGCAUGUCGUAUCGGAGAGAAAAAAGGAAGUAGUGUGAUGGUACAGGACCACUUGUCUUUGUCAAGCACCCCAAGGUCGUCGGGACAGAAACAGAAAACUAUUUUUGCAUCUUGAUCAUACAGUGCUGGACUUCUAUCACGGUGCAAUGAAUGUCAUUGGCCCGCCCAUGAUAGACCCUGUCAAUAAUCUCGCUUUCUCGCACUUUUCUCUGUGAUACGUCCCUGAAGAGUCGGAUGGCGGAGAAUUCUGCUACGUGUUGCGGCGAAAACGGGUGGAAUGCCACUGCCGACGCGAUUUGUCAAGACCUGAAAGCCGCCCACGACCACGUGAAGAACAUUCGGGACCAAAGCCAACCGAGCCCGGACAUGUGUCAAGAGAACGUGAUUGGCGCGACAGCGGGUGCGUUGGAAUGCGCCGCACCAGUCGUAGGACCGGAGUUGACCUAUGAGGCCCUUGAGGCGGCGACUCCGGGCGGGGGCACCAACCCCGAAACGCAGAUCGCGUUCUGCACGUGGGUGGCGCCGAUGUUGAUCAGCGCGCAGGUAUGCCUUACAAGUAUGUCUGGGUCUGGAUAAAAAGAUUCAUGCUGUUGAGUCUUGCUCUUGCAUGACGAAGCAGCCUUGCGUACAGCGUGAGCGCAUGCACUAAUACAAUUUUAUUUUUGGGCCAUCUCUUUGCCUUUGCGAGUUCAUCUUCAUUCGUACUCAGCGCGACAAACUGCCUUUACGAAAAGCUGGCCAACCCUCCUCGUCAUGAACCACAGGCACAGAUCUUCUUGGCACCAUCUGUUAGCUUUCGCAUCGCAAAAAAUUCAGAGCCAGAUACCAUAUUUGCGAUGCAUAAGAGGAGAUCUGCUGUACGGACCAGGAUGAAUGGGACACUAACAAAGGCGGGGACGUAACGCUGGCCGACGCCUCCACACGGCCCCUCUGCGACCACCUUGAGAGGCAUUUUGUGCAUAUUAAUGGAAAAGGUUGGCCGGCCGCGGAGUGUACAAAACCCGAGUUGUUCCCCUUUCCCCUGAAUUCGGCUUGCACCAUGGCCCUCCCGGAGGUUCCCGGCGACCUCAACGCGGCAGGAAUUCUAGCGGUGCAGGUGCUUGACCUUUUUCGGAUCCAGAGCGCCUGCAAGUCCCUGGCCCGUCUGAUGAAAGCCACCAGCGCGGAAGAGUGCUGCGACUCGCAGACUGGUGAGUGGCAGUACUCAGCAAAGCCGCCGACCUGCCAAGAAAUCACAGACGCGCACAGCCAUGCUCUGACCCUGCGCUUGGGCAGCGCGGGGCCGGAGGCCGGUCUCUGUGCCGACGAGCUGAUUGGCGGUCAGGGUCCGGGGGAAGUGGUUUGUGCUUCAUCCGAGAUCGUUGUGACUGAGACGCCACAGAACGGGACAAAUUCGGGCAACCAGACCACGACCACUACUACCACCACGACCGAAGACGAGGCGGUGAAUAUCGACGCAAAAAACGAAUCGGUCUCCAACAGCACCACGUCGGCCCCAGAGGCCUCCCUUCACCUCCAGUGUUGCUAGAAAGAGGUGUGGGGAGAAAUGGUCCUGCAGCUAGAAGAGGUUAUGUUGACCACAUGACAACGAAAACUACUACUAACUUCUACAAAGAUCUAGCUCAUCGUACCAAGAAGCAGGAAAGGUUUUUAUCACUACAGCACUACAACUCGUAAAUGCCGCUGAAUAUCACUCGUUGCACUACAUCUUGCCGCUCGGGUGUAGUAAGUACCAAAGCGCGUACUAGUCCGUCAAUAAGAGUGGUGAAGAAAAAUACAGGUUUUUUUUUGUUGUAUGAAAAUUUCGUCACAAGUUUCGUGUGCACCAUUACGACUUUUACACAAAUUAGUAGCCCGAGGACAGUUACUCGCUCCUGUUUUAGUACAGGACAGUACACCAUGUCCUGUUUUAGCUCUCUCCACGAGAAGUGAAUCGCACGACUCGCCACGUGCGUCCGAGAUUUUUUCAUCACCCUUUCAAAUUUACAUACUCUUCAGCUCUUUUAGAAAAACUUUUAGAAAAACUUUUUUUUUUGGCUAUCGAAAUGUAUCUUUUCCAUUCUAUUUCUUCCGCAUUUCCCUUUCGUGCAAGAAGAAGAACGCCAAACCAGAGAAAAAUCGCUUUAGAGUUGUGCCCGCCCAACUUCCAUUUCCCUAUGACAAAAGCAAGACGUUUUUCAAUCAGCAGCGCGCUUUUCAAAUCUUGACCGCCCCCUUCAGCUGCUCCCCAAAUUUUUUCCCGUGAUGCAACUACUUAGUUUCUAGCUCCCCGCUACGAUUGCGACCCGUGAAGAUACUGAAACUCCCCUUCCGCCCACGGCUACCGAUGUUGAAACUCCAGCUCGAGUUUCAUCGGCGGAUCGGCUUUGCCUUUAGUUCUACUCGUCAGAGGAAGCAAAUGGUCCUGGUCCUCUCGUUGAGCAGACAGAAAAACGAGUACAGGAAGGUAUAGUACCUAACAAGUCGUGGUCAACCAAGA